GGGGAUGUUCCCGCCUUCGAUCUCUUUUGCAUUUUCUUUUACUCGCCUCGGCCCUUUUCUGGUCCGUCUCGGUCUCGCUGGAUGCGCUUGAAGUGAAGUGCUGCUGCUCGCUGCCCACUGCCCACCCUGCUGAGAUCCGUCUGCUGCUCGCGUCCGCGUAAACGCUCAAUUUCCCACGUAGUCUGGAUCAUAAUUGCAUCGGAUCUAUGUUCUCGUUGUAGAUCCGCAUUCCGGACUCGAAGAUCUGUGCACCGGCUGUCACCUCGCGAUCGAUCGAAUGUUGUUCUGCGAUAAUCCGGUGGAUGCGACUGGGAUGAAAUUCGUGCUUUGAUUUUCGGGUAGGCUCCUUCUGAGUCACGAGCGGGGUUGAUCGCUUUGGGGAACAUUUUGAAACCUUGGGACUGUCGAGGAUUUAGAUCAUCAGUGUCAACUUAUGGUUAGUGCCACAGAAGUGCCAGCUGAUGCGACCGCAACAAUUGAGCGCGAAAUGAAUGCCGAGACCGCUCCCGACGGCACUGCCGCGAGGGAUGUAAAUUUGGAGAAGGUUGAAAAGAAGGAUGAGCAACCGGUGGAAGGCCAUCCUGCUGCCGCGGCUCCUGCUGCCGGAGAUGCUCCCGUUGCUGUCGCAGGUGGAGCCGCGACUGCCGAGGAGAAGGCCAUCUUUCUGAACGAGGAGCUUUUGGACGGUCCCUACCACGUUGAGACAAUUAACGUCGAGUCGAAAGGAGGGCCAAAGAAUGCCAAUGCGGAUGGCACCGAGGGCGACACUGCCGAACUCCAUCCAGCUUCUGAAUCUGGAAAGAGGCUGGGAUUUCCUGUAGAUGAAUGGACCGAAAAGGCCACUGCCCAAGCUAGCGCUCUGAAAAAUCUGGUUCUGGAUGGUGGAAGUGCGAUGUCCAAGGUCAUCCGGAGACUGUCCGGAAAGAAAGAUGACUUUGAUUCCGCUGAACACUCUGAAACUGGAGACGAGAAACCUGCUCUGGAGCCCGUAAAGGAGGAGCACAGGGACAGGGGGCUGCCUGCGAAAGAAGGUGAACACAAGGACAGGCAAUUGAAGGAAAAAGUUACAAGAUGGCUCGCUCAAAAGAAGAACGAGAUUGUUGGGCAAGUUGUGGAAUCUCAUCCGCUCGAAAAGGAAGUCGCCACGCCUGAACCCGCAGAUCCUAAACACGUCGAGGACCCAGGUCCUCAAAUGAAGGGAAGAAUCACGGUAUACACCAUAUCAGGUUCACAGAACUGUCGGGCUGCUAAGCAUUUCUUGAGAAGUAGGGGGCUCCCCUAUGUGGAAAUCAAUCUUGAUGCGUUCCCGGAGAGGCGACUGGACUUGGAAGCGAGGACAGAGAAGUCAUCUGUACCACAGAUAUUUUUUAAUAAUGUGUUUGUCGGAGGGUUUGAUGAAUUGAACUCUAUGAAUUCUGCGGAUUUGGGGAAAUUGAUCAAAGACGUUCACGAAACGGAGGUGCCAGCUGAUGCUCCUUCGCUUCCAGUAUACGGUGAAGAUUCUACUGAUGAAGAUAACCGAAAGUUGGACGAACUUGCAGAGAUAGUGAGAAGACUGAGAGCGGCAGUUGUUGUCAAGGAUCGAUUUCUGCGGUAUCGAAUGCACAGCAAUUGUUUCGUUGGUUCUGAGGCCAUCGACUUUCUCGUCGAGGAUCAAUACUGUGAGAGGGAGGAGGCCGUCGAACUAGCAAGAAGUUUUGCGACCAAGCACUUUCUCCACUCAGUCAACGAGGACCAUCUAUUUGAAGAUGGCAACCAUUUCUAUCGUUUUCUCGAGCAUGAGCCCGCUGUGACCGGCAACAAAUUGUUGAACUUCAGCGGUGCAACCAACGAUAUGGAACCUUUACCUGCCGUUGAAGUUGGGAACAAGCUCAGGCAGUUGAUGCUCGCCAUAUUAGAAUCGAAGCUAUCAAAUGAUGGAAAACACGUGGAUCAUCAUAGACUGGCCAAGAGCGAAGAGUUCAGAAGAUAUGUGAAACUUACGGAGGAACUCCACCGGAUUGACCUCCUUACGUUGUCAAGAGAGGAGAAGCUUGCGUUUUUCAUAAACAUCUACAACUCUCUCGUUAUUCACGCUGUAGUACACCUUGGUUACUUUCCUGUGGGAGCUUUGGAGAGGAGAAAGUUCUUUGGGGACUUCCAGUAUCUUAUCGGUGGCUACGCAUACUCACUUUCAGCUAUUCAAAAUGGGCUGUUGCGUGCAAAUCAGCGGCCACCUUAUACUCUAACAAAGCCCUUCGGUCCUCGGGAUAACCGUGUCAAGGUAGCGUUGGCUGAGCCAGAGCCUCUCGUUCAUUUCGCCUUGGCUCGAGGACCUCAGUCAUCUCCAGCUAUCAAAUGCUACUCUGCUGGAAGGAUUGAUGAAGAGCUGAAAUCUGCUGCCAGUGAAUUUUUUGCGGAUGGUGGGAUCACUAUCGACUUGGGAGCUAAAACUGUAUCACUUGACAGGAUUUUUAAAUGGUACAGCACCGACUUUGGAAAGAACGAAUCAGAAAUUUUGAAGUGGAUUCUCCCGUACUUGGAGACAAAGAAGUCCGAGCAACUAACUAAGUUACUGGACGACACCGGCCUCAAAGUGACCUAUCUAUCCUAGUGUCACUGUAAAUACUUCAGGUAGUUGGUGUAUACGCUCUCCUUGGCGGGGGUAUUUUGUUUCUGGUCUGAUGACUAUUAUUCCAGCUUAGAGAUUAUAGGGCCGUUGUAUGUACAGUCAACAGUGAGUAGUUCUUGCUGUCAAAAUUUUCUCCUCUAACCUCACGCAGGAGUUCAAACUUAAUUGAGCCUACGGUGAAUCAAGUCUUGAAUACUUCAAGUAGAUUGACUCCAGUAUAGUCUUAGACAGACAGCCUGUGCUCUGAAUUCAGAUCCACAAUGAUAUUUGCAGCCGAGAGUGGUGAUUGAUGCAUUCUUGUGCGAGCCAAUUAUCUCCAAUUAUUGAAUUAAUUUUGUGCCAUAAUCUAUCGAGAAGACUUGUUUGACGAGUUAGAGCUGAGUACUUACAUAAUCUUAGUAGCCUGUGGCGCUGUGAAAGUCAUCAAAGAUAUUGCAGCUCUUAUUAAGAAUUCCCCCCUUCUUUUGGCGAGGGAAGCUUGAGCUUCGCAACUAUAAAUCUUUUGGUAUGAUCAUAAACGGAAGACUGCAGCCUGUGCGCUCUAAGAUGGUCCUCACUUUGUAUGGAAUCGAAUGGUUGUUGGACCCAAAUCUUGGCAUCUUCUUCCAUGAUGCCCUUAUACUGGAAAAGAUACCUUUGGAACAAG